AUGUCACAACCUAACCCUGAAGAACGCAUCCAAGUCGACACAAGCGAUGACGAGUCCUUCUACGACACAAAAUCAAUAGUAGGCUCCAACCUCUCCUUCGCCUCCUCAGUACGCGACUACAGCUACGAAAAUGGUCGACGGUACCACGCCUACCGACCAGGCCAAUACCCAAUCCCAAACGACGAAGAAGAACAAGAACGCCUAGCGCUACUGCACGACCUCUUUAGACUUGUCGUAGGCGGCGACCUGCACCGCGCCCCAAUAAACAACAACAACACCACCAUCCCGCAGCGCGUACUAGACAUCGGCACCGGCACAGGCGUGUGGGCCCUCGAAAUGGCAGAGGCAUACCCAACAGCCGAGAUCAUCGGCACAGAUCUAAGUCCCAUCCAGCCGAACUGGGCGCCGCCGAAUGUGCGGUUCUUCAUCGAUGAUGCAGAGAGCGAGUGGGCUUUUGGGCCUGCCGAGAAAUUCGACUACGGGUGGCAGUCGCUGAAGCCGGGUGGUUGGUUUGAGGUUCAGGAGUUUGAGUGUUGGGUGAGGUCGGAGGAUGGGACGCAUGAGGAGGCGAGGAAUCUUAAUGAUUACAUGACGUUGUUGGAUCAGGCUAGUGUGAAGCAUGGACGGCCUGUUAAUAUUGCAAAGUCUGUUAGGGAGUGGAUGGUUGAGGCGGGGUUUGACUCUGUUACUGAUGAUAUUUACAAGUGCCCUAUCGGGGGAUGGGCGAAGAACCAGCGCUUGAAAGAACUGGGUCGUUUGUGCAGAGUUACCAUCCUUGAAGGUGUUGAGCCUUACUCGCUCGCUCUGUUUACUCGCGUGCUUGGGUUUACAUACCAGCAAACGCAGGAGUUCAUGGACAAGGUGCGAGCCGAGAUCGUCAACCCCUCGCUCCAUCUCUACGUGCACUUCCACUACGUGUACGGGCAACGACCUUUCGAGAAUAACGAAGAGUCCGAUAUGCCAUGA